AUGCGAAGUUUCCUCCCACUAGUACAAUCAGUCUUCGGUGAUACCUCUUCACCUCUCCUGAUUCUGCUAUUAAUGAUUUUACCGUGGCAGCCUUACGCAGCACUUGGUUUUAACAUUCCCCGGAUCAGAAAAGCCGAAACGCCUGAUUUUACCGAAAUCUCUCUUUUUGUAACCGAAAAUGCCAAAUCGGGAACAGUUGUUGGAGUUCUGAAACAGUACCUCUCAUUUCUAAAAUCCGGUGAUGACUUACGUUACCAAAUAUACAACUUGGGACUUGUACCAGAUUCAGAAGUACAGACAGUGUCACCUUACUCAACCAAUGAGUCCGACUCUAUUUUUACAAUGGACACUAUAUCCUCAACCAUCAGUGUGGCAGAUUCAUCCAAGCUGGAUCGUGAACGACUCUGUCCUUUUGCUUCUGUGACGGAGAAAGAGUGCAGCCUUAAUUACGGGAUUUCGGUCACCCGAAACGAUAAAUCUGCUCCUGCACUCCCACCUGAACAGUCUUGGAUUAAAGUAAAAAUCGUGAUUAAUGAUGUCAAUGACUGUGCCCCGCAAUUCAAUGAUGACAUCACCAAGGGCUGUAAAACUAUUGAUCUUCCCGAGGAUACUGCGGUUGGUACCAAAAUUCACCUUCCCGAUGCCAAAGAUCUUGACAGUUUACAAAAUGGUCAAUUGAUUUACCAUUUAAACUGUCAGAAUGGACCAACAAAUCACCCCUUUGCGCUUUAUCAAACCCGUAAAUCAGCGCUGGAAUCUGAUGCGAGCAAUGGUAUCAGUUCCAUUCGACUGCAAUUACGGUAUUCACUGGAUCACGAAGAACAGAGCGCCUAUAAUUGUACUCUCACAGUAUGCGACAAUGGAACACCCAUUCUCUGUUCUACAAUGCCUCUCUGUAUUACUGUCCAUGAUGUAAAUGAUAACGCCCCGUUUGUUUUUCAAAAAAUUUCAAAAAGAAUGGUAAAAGGAUUUUAG